AACGAUGCGAUGGAUCGCAUCCUUAACAAGUGAAUUGACACAUCUUGUGUCAGAAACUAAACGCAAGCAUCCGGAACUUAAAGCGGCUGCAGAACAAUCAUUAAAUGAAAUUAAAAACUUUACAGAUGAAGCAACGACAGUUAAAAGAAUUCGUCAGAAUCCAGCGUUUUUAAUUCCUUUUUUACUUGGCUGUAAUACACAAAGUGCAAAAUGUUGUGCUAUUGCUAUUGGAUCACUACAAAAAUUGAUUGCAGUGAGUGCAAUACCAAAUUUAUCAUUACCAUCAGUAUUGGAGGCAUUUCGUGAAGCAACAUUAUUAGGGGUGGAAAUUCAAUUAAAGAUUCUUCAAGUAUUACCAAUGUUUCUAACGAAUUAUACAGAAGAUUUGUCAGGGAAUUUGCUAGCAGAAGCGUUUAAUAUUUGUUUUAUACUUCAGAAUAAUAAGUCAACGGUUGUUCAAAAUACAGCGUCGGCUACACUAAGACAGCUUGUAAUUCUUGUUUUUGAUAGAACUGUUUGUGAAGUUGAUGUUAAACAUUCUAAAAAAGAAUCAGAAAUUAAUCAAGCGUUACUUGAUGCACAUCAUUUAAUGGAGGAUCUUUGUCUUCUUAUUAAUGAAGACAGACCUAGGAUGCUUAAUGUUCAAAAUUUAUCAAAAACGUUUGGAUUGGAAUUGAUUGAAAGCAUUUUGACGAAUCAUCCUAAAGUCUUUCAAAAACAUGAUAAGCAAAUCAAAUUACUCCGUAAUCUAAUGUUUUUGGUUCUUCGUCCUUUUUCAAAUAAAAGCGAUUUUCCUGUAACAGUAAGAAGUGCACGAAUUAUAUAUCUUCUUCUUCGCCAACAUCUUAAAAAUCUUAUUGUAGAAGGCGAAAUAGCAUUCAAUUUAUUUUGCCAUAUUCUUAUAGAUCAAGAUGAUAAUAAUUGGCGUCGUAUUUUAGUUAUGGAAAUAUUUAGAGGUAUUUGCACUGAUAAUGCGCUUAUAAGUGCUAUCUAUGAAUAUUAUGAUGCAGAUGUUUCUCGCAAAAAUAUUUUAUAUGAAAUGAUCUUUUCAUUUAACAAAUUAGCAGGAGAAAAUCCUGGAUUAAUCGGUUUAGGAGCAAAUAUUCUCUUUAGCAAUCAAUUAUCUAGUAGCGAUUCUUAUGAUAACAUGUAUGAAAUCUUAGGAGAUGCGAUUGAUAUGUUUGGCACUAUAUCAGGAACAAUUAUAGAUCAAUGUCCCCCUGGUCUUGAUUCAAAAGCAUCAUCUGUCCGUAUUUCUUGUAUCGAUCAACUUGAUAAAUCAGAAGUGCCUAUACUUCCUCCUACUUAUAUUUAUUAUUUAGUAUUUACUUGUUUAAAUUCAGUAGUAGAUGGUAUUGCAAAAAUAAUUAUACCUUUUUUUAAACGAAAUUUAUCUCGGAAAUUAGGAGAUUUCAAAGAAAAAUCUCAAUCGAUUUCUAACAUUUUGUCUGAAUCUUGUCUAGGGAACCAAGAAAUAUUUACUUGUUCAAAAAUAAUUGAAAAUAUGUGGCCUGCAUUUUUAGCAGCAUUUUCGACAUUUUUAUCUGCAUCCAUGUCAAUUGAUUUAUUUCAUAAUCUUGUUCGAUCUUAUAGACAUUUUGUUCAAGUUUCUGGAUAUCUGGGUUAUAACAUUUCUAGAAAUGCAUUUUUAACUACUAUUUCCAAAUUUUCACUUCCACCUGUUUUCAUAAUACCAUUCAAUGUUUUGCAUUCAAAUUUAACAGGUGAUAGUCAAAAUAUUCCUCAAUUGGAUACAAAUAAUUGUACAAGUGGCACAACAAAUGCUACUAAUUUUCCUUUAUUACAUGAUUCUGAUAAUACAAUGAUACUUACUCAGAAAAAUUUGAUUUGUCUUCAAGCAAUACUUUUGUUAUCAAUUCAUCUGGGUAAUAAUCUUGGUAAUUCUUGGGCAAUUGUUCUUGAGACAUUACGAAAAGUUGAGUUAAUUAUACAUGAGAUGGCAAAAAAAAAUCCUGUAAAAUUUCCCCAUAAUAUUUUAGGCGUUGAUAUUAUUUAUGAUACUAUUCAAAAAGAAGUUUGUGCAUUACCAAAGAAAAAUAACUUUAUUGUUGAUAUUUCUUCGAUACUUCUUCUUAUAAAUACAGUUUUUGAAAAUACUAAAACAUUUUCAGAUAAUAGUUUAUUGGAAAUGUUAAAAACUAUUUGCGAACUUAAUAGGUUUUCAGAAAUUUUCGAAAAUAAACUACCAUCUGAAAUAAAAGGCCUUGAUAUUAAAAAGAGUGUAUCUACUACUAAUUUUUAUAAUUACCAAGGUGGAGCUAUUUUUCACAAAUCUGACGAGCUAGCAUUUACUUUUCAUAAAAUUAAUUUAAUAUGCAAAAUUAAUAUUGAACGAUUAUUUUUUGGAACAUCAGAAGAAAAUGGUUGGGAUAUAGUCAUAUCAUACUUAUAUUCUUUUAUUCAUUCGCGGAAAGUGGAUAAUUUGAUUAGAAAACAGGCUACUAAAAUAUUUCUUGAUAUUACCAAAACAGUAAUUAUAUCUCAUUCUUGGAAAAAUCUUGAAAAUAGUGACAAAGCUUUAAGAAAAAUAUUGUCUAUCAUAAAUUUUCUUUCUAUGAAAAAUAUCAUGGGAGACAUCAAUGUUCAAUUAUAUCCCAACGAUCGUACUAUCGAAUUAGAAAUAAUAAGUAUGGCACUUGAUACUUUAAAUUUACUUUUAAAUUCAUUGGGUCAUUUAAUUUCCGAAAGUUGGGAUAUUGUCUUUGAAAUAAUUAAUUCAAUAUUUGAAAAUGAAUUACCAUCUUUUGCUUCUUUUAAACAGGAUCAUUCAGAUAUCUUGCUUUUCAGAAAAAAGGAACUUAGAAGUUCAUUAAAAAUACCAAAAAUUGUUAAAGAUGCAUUUUUUUCUUUACAAUUAAUAUGUACAGAUUUUUUAUCAGAACUUUCCUCAAAACAUUUUUUAACUUUAAUAAAUAUUCUUACGAAAUUUUGUCUUCAAAAAGACGAUUUAAAUAUUUCUUUAGCAGCUAUUGGGUUAUUUUGGAAUAUAUCUGAUAAUCUUAGAUUAAAAAAGUCGUUUCAAAAAUCAAUUCAAACAUUUGAUAGUAGUAAUGAACUGAAUUUUUUAUGUCCACUAGAAGACGAUAUUUCUGUUCAAGAUUUAUUAUGGAUAGUUUUAUUAUUUCGUUUAAUAGAAGUAAUAUUGGAUGACAGGUUUGAAGUGCGUAAUGGCGCAAUACAAACAAUAUUUAGAAAUUUUGAAAUUCACGGGGAAAAUAUAAAAAGUAAUCUAUGGAAAUGUUGUUUUCGGGUAAUUAUAUAUCGUAUUUUUUUUCUGUUUAAGAAAGACAUUUUAAAAAAUAUUAACAAUAAUGAAUGUUAUGAAUUUUUAAAUAAUACAAAUAAUAGAUCUUUUGAAGAUUCAUUGGUUUUGGUAAUAUCGGGUUUAGUGAUACUUUUUUCUCGUAAUUUGAAUUCUUUACUUUCUCUUGAAAUAUUUCUUGAGAUUUGGGAAAAAUUAUUAGAUUUUUUUACACAUUCUAUUGAAUUGAAUUCUAACGAUGUUUUUAUGAACUGUUGUAAAGCAAUUGACAAUAUUUUGGAUAGAAUGGAAUACGAUAAAUUAGGUUCAAAUUAUGAUGAUCUAUAUAAAAAAGUAUGGUCUGUUUGGGAAAUAUUUUCUAAUACAGUUUCAAUAACGCCUAAUAACUUGUUUAAAAAUCAAAAAUUAUCUCAAGAAUCACUUGAUACAUUUGUCAAAUUUUCACGUUCUUUAUAUAAAUUUAUAGUUUCCAAAAACGAGAUAUCUGUGAUCAAUAAAUUAAUUACAUCUAUAUUUGAUGCUUUGAUAUAUACACGAAGUCCCGUUUAUUAUCUUGAUGUUGACUAUAUGACUCCUCUUCAAUCUAGUAUAUUGGAAGUAAUUGAUCUUUUAAAAGAUCAUAAUGAACAAACAUGUGUUUUAUCUUUGAAACUCCUUGCAAAAAUUAGCACUCUAGCAUUUAAGGAUUUAUCGGAAAGUACAGCUACUAUCCAAAAUUUGUCAAAAAUAGAUAAAAUAUUUCCUACAUAUAUUGCUAUUUCUAAAACAUCUUUUGAAAGAAUGGAGGAAUAUUUUUCUAAAUAUUCUGAAAAUACAUUAAUAUAUAAAGAAAAUGCAUUUUUCGAAAUGAUUAAGGCAUUAUCUGUCCCUAUAAAACUUAAACAUAAAUGUCCUUUAACAUCUCGUAUCGGUAAUGGAGAACUUUUUUGGAAAUUUGCUACGUUAAAAAUGCUUUCUAUUUUGGAAAAAUGCGAUUCAGAAAUGAUUAUUCCAGAUUCUAAUAUAGAGUUAUGGGAAGCAAUUACUGAUUGCUUACACGGAACACUUUUGUUUGAUUAUAGCGGCAAUAAUUCAAUAUUUUUUAAAGAAUCAGAUGAAGAUUUUGACAUUUCAACAUAUACAAAAUUAACGGCUGUAAUAUUUCCUUUAAUAACAAACAACAUAGAAAUAUCACGAAAUAUAGCUGAAAUCAUUUCUAAGUCAUCUUUUGUCUAUAAUUGUCCUGAACAGAGUUUGAUAUUUGAUCAUUUAUCAUCUAUUACAAAAAUUCCAAACUUAGAAAUAAAAAACUAUAAAUUUCAAAAAAUUGUGCCCUAUAGAGAAAAAUUGGGUUUUAUAUGUUUAAAUGAUUUAUUUGAACUAUGUUCUUUAAAAUCGAAAAAUCAAUUUUCAAAUAAAAAGUGUCUAGCAAUGAUAACAGGGACAUAUCUCUUAAAACGCUGUGCAAUGGUUCUUCAACAAUUUAUAUUAAAUCAGUCGAUGAGAGGAUGCAUACCAAUAUCUAGGAUUGAACAUACUGAAAUUAUUUUUAUACUCAAUAAUCUUGUAAACAGAGAAUUUUAUUCAGAUCUUUUUGAUUUUCCAGAUAUUUCGGAUGAUAAUAUUGAUAAAUUUUAUUGUUCAGAUAGUUUAAUAGUACAGCUAUUCCCUCUUUUUUGUGCAGUAUUACCUCAUUGUUAUCAAGAUGUAGAAUUGUUGAAAUUAAUUUCUCUUUAUUUUCAGAAAGUAGGGAAUUUUAUUCAUAUCUAUGAAGCAUCUGUAAAAUACUAAUUUCAAUCUUGUUUUCCAAAACAAAAUAGUCUAGAUUUAUUUGUUUUUAGAUGUAAAAUACUAUAAACAAUAAAUACAAAAACAAUUACAUAGAAAUGUAAAACUUUCUCACGAAACUUAUUUUCAAUUAUUUCUGGAGUAACAUUUUGAUUAAAAACUGUUCUGUCUUUUCGUACAUAUGUCAAAAGUUUCCUGGACCCUAUUAAAGAUAUCAAUAUAUUAUUUAAUAACAAAUGAUAAAUGACAUUUUCCAAAACAUUGUUUACUAUUUGCAAUCAAUAAAAGAUUAGGAUGCUGUGGAACACUGGCUUCUGGUUUUUCUUCCAUACUAGGCAUCCAAAAAACAAGUCUUCCUUCCGUUAAAAGAUGAUCUGAUGCAAAUGUCAUAAGUUUUGCAAUCAAUUCAUCAAAUGAAUAAGGUUCUGUCGGCGGAAUGUAAUCCUUUUUUCUAUAAUAUUCAAUACCAAAUAAUAUUAAACUUAUUAAUACAAAUGAAAAUAACAGCCUGAUGCAUCUUUUGGAGGAGAUGUAUUUUUAACAUUUUUCCUUAGAGUUUUUGGACUUGCACGUAGACCAUAUCUUCAUCCAUAAGUAAAUGUUUCAAUCUUUUUUUACUACAUACGGGGCUAUUUAAGAUUCAUCAGAACUGAUAUAUCUAAUUAAAAAGAUAAAAGCUUACGAUCACAAAUAAUGAUAUCUAAUAGAAGACUAUCACGUAUAGCAGGAUGAAGAAAAUCCAUUGUAAAAAUAUCAAGGAAUUUUGAAGUUAAGCCAUAUUGCUCAAGAUUACUAUGAAUUGAUCGACCAUUUUGGCCACGCAAAAGUCGCCCAUCAAUAUCUGUACCUAAAAUAGUAUCAGAUAUAUAUAAAAGAAGGUAAUCAUGGAUAAUAUACCCAUUAUCAUUGCUUCAUAAUAAGCACAUGCAAGAAGAAUACUACCGGUUCCAACAAAUGGAUCAUAGACAAGUUUUCCUUUUUCUG